UAACAACACCUAUCGGUGGGUGUUGAUGUAUAUUUUGACAGACGUCUUAUCGAAUCUUGUGACUGAAACUCUUCGCGGAGGAUACUUGAAUAAUUCGAGACGUUGCCUGAGAAUAUUAUCCUGUGAUCGCAAUGACUACCGCAACCGUUAGACAACUCCGAGACGUGCUGGAACCAUCUCGUCGCACAAGAGGUACAGAGAGUCCGGUGGUGGUAGUUCCCGCCAAUUCUUUACCAGCCGCCUCACACAACAUGGACGUAAGAACAGUGCAGAAUUGGUUAAACAGACUUCCCGAUGGUUGGAACUCACCGCAGAGUCCCGAUGAACUUGUCAUUCAAAAAAGAGGUCGACGCAAAUCCAUAGUAUGGUCUCCUGAUCUCAACACGUAUAAGCGACGUAAUUUGCUUAGUUUGAGUGCCAAAGAUCAUACACCAAUUAAAAGUUCAACGAAAUCAAACAUGGCGUUAAGAGAGGCAGCCAAAAAGAGACUCUCUCUUGGCGAUCCCCAUCAAUCUGAGUUUUCUACACCAAAAGGCAAAAAAGCAUUAUUGUCCUCUCGAAUGUCACUAGAUGCUGCAAAUACGCCGAGACAGCGAUCUGAUGAUAAUUUAGUGAAUGGUUUACGAGAUCUUAGUCAUGAGCAACUCAUACGGUUGAUUAUGGAGUUGGUAUAUGCGCAGGAAGACGGUACGCUGCGCAAAAACGAAAAGCUUCGUUAUAUUCUUUCAAAGAAAAUAUCAGAUGCAGAUAUUCAACCAUUCAUAGAGAAGUUGAUUGUCUUGAGGCAAACUAUUUAUGCCAGUCUCGUAUUUUCCCCCAAUUUGAAUGAUGAAUCUGCAUACAAUUGCGCUUACAUACAUCUUGAUGCAUUCCAGAAAGCUCUGAUCGAUCAGGGAAGAAUACUGCAAGAAUCCCAGCACUGGGUCUCAUUGAUGCAUUAUGUAUUGGAAUCAUGGAAAAUCACCAGAGAAUUACCCAAGUGGGAGAAUCAAGAUCCUUGUAAUAUCACAAGUAAAUGUUUCAAAAGUUUGUCACAAUUUUGUGCUGAAACUAUAAGAAGAGGGAAAUUUGAGACUUCAACUCUGGAAACUUAUAUUGAAAGUCUUAAAACUAUAGUCGAGGAAUGCGAAGAAUUUCAAAUCUGUCUGCAGAUGGCGAAAGAAGCAAAACAUGAGGCUUAGGUCUUUCUUCUCUUUGAUAUGGUUUGUUUGAUAAUUUUAUUUAAAUAUUUAUCAGAUAUGGACGCGGUAAUAACUAAACUAAUAUUGACAACAUGUCAGUCCUGUACAUUAAUGUGCAGGAUAAUAUAAAGUAGAAUUAACCAGUGAAAAAAUCGUUGAUGACGAUUCCGUUCUCAAAAUAAAAACUGAAAAAGUUUUUUGCCAUCUUUAUAACAUUAAAUAUAUCUUGAAUGAUCAUCCUAUACAUGUUGUACAUUGACGUAAACAUAACAUAUGUUUUAUAUUUAUAUAUUUGUUCAGUCUCUUAACGCGCGCGACUAUUCUACAUAGACAUACACACACACAGACACGCGGAUAAUAUAUAUGAAAUGUAACUAAUAUGUAUUAUCCGUUAUUAGACAUAGUGGCUGAGACAUAACAUGAAUUAUAUAUGCCUUGGUACCCUUUAAGUCUUGUAAGCUACAGAUAGUGUGUGCCUCUUUGUAUAUUAAUUCCUUAAUAGAUAUUUUUUUAUCUUUUUGAGAUAAGUAUUAGUUUUAAAAUAGAAAAUAAGUACAAUUUAAAUCUCUCAGUGAAAAAAAAAAUUGUUAGCAUAUGGUACAAAAUGUGAAAAAAAAUGAAUAAAAUGUUGAUACUCAAUAAGAAACAAUAAGAUAUUGAAAGAUCAAUCUUUUCGAGUGAAACUUUGAUAAUUGUUAUAUUUAUCAGAGUGUAUAAAUAAGGAGAAUGUAACUUUGACUCUCAGAAGUAGUUUUUGUCUGGAUAACACUUGUACAAAACUAUAUCAUAAUUUUGUUGUUAAAUUAUUUUUAUACGCGUUUAUUUGUUUUAUAUAAAUUAUAUAUCUCUCUCGUAUAAAAAAAAGAGAGAGAUAUGCACACAUACAAGUUUAGUGGUACAAACAAGAUGUAUACUUCGGUGUAUAUAAAAUUAAAAAGGCAUGUUUUUAUAUCAAGAAGCCAAACACUAUUUUAUAUUAUAUUGUAUAGCAAUUAUUUUAUUUAUCGUAACUUGAUGUAUUUUGGAUCCUCGCCCUUCUCAAAAGCAUUUAUAUCACACAAAUGAUAUUUUUGUAUGUUGUGAGAAUAUUGUAUUCACAACCAAUGUAACAGUAUAAUUAGCAUUAUUACAUAUUUAUAUCGUAAUUAUAAUAUAUUUAUUAUAAAUGAUGCCUGAGAGGGAGUGGACUAACGUGAAUAAAUGUAAUUUUUUUUAUUAAAAACAAUUUAUUUGUCAUAAUA